AGUAGGCGGCGGCGGCAGCAGCAGCAGAGGAGAAAAGAAAAGGCCUUCCAACUCCGGAAGCCCGCGGACCAGCCACGACGCACCCUCCCCAUCCCGACCCCGGGACGCUUCCCUCCAAAUUCCAAAAAGCACACGCGCGCGGCGCCAUGGCGGAGCGCCUCGCCGCCUCCCUCCUCCCCGGCGCCUCCCCCUCCCCGUCCGCCCGCCGCGCCACGGUCGCGGCGGCGGCCGCCGCCGCGUCCUUCCCUUCCUCGUGCCCCGCCCGCGCGGGGCUGCGCCUCGUCUCUUCCCGCCGCUCGGCCCGCUUCCCCAAGGCGGCCGGGCGCCGCGGCGGCGGCGCGCUGCGGGUGGUCCGGUGCAUGGCGGCGUCGGACGUGGCGCAGCUCAAGAGCGCGCGGGAGGACAUCAGGGAGCUCCUCAAGACCACGUACUGCCACCCGAUCAUGGUCCGUCUGGGGUGGCAUGAUUCUGGUACGUAUGACAAGAAUAUUGAGGAGUGGCCCAAGCGAGGUGGAGCUGAUGGAAGCUUAAGAUUUAAACCUGAGUUGAAUCAUGGAGCCAACGCUGGUCUGAUUAAUGCUUUGAAGCUUAUCCAACCUAUCAAGGACAAAUACCCGGGUAUCACUUACGCAGAUUUGUUCCAGUUGGCGAGUGCUACUGCAAUUGAGGAAGCUGGUGGCCCAAAAAUUCCAAUGAAAUAUGGACGGGUUGAUGUCACAGCACCUGAGCAGUGUCCACCUGAGGGGAGGCUUCCUGAUGCUAGCCCACGUGAUCCUGCGGAGCACCUUAGGGAGGUAUUCUAUAGAAUGGGCCUUGAUGACAAGGAAAUCGUUGCAUUGUCUGGAGCACAUACACUUGGAAGAGCAAGGCCUGACCGGAGUGGCUGGGGAAAGCCAGAAACAAAAUAUACUAAGGAUGGGCCUGGUGAACCUGGAGGGCAAUCAUGGACAGUUGAAUGGUUGAAGUUUGAUAACAGUUACUUCAAGGUGUGCUUCUUCUUUUUUUGUCAUAUUUACAAAUCAAGUUAUUCACUAGAAUCCCUCAUGAUUUACUUUAAGCUGUUAACAACACUUCAGGACAUGGAGUUUCUGAGCAAGCUUCCAUGGAAAUGGCAGAAGGGCCAGGAUCUUCUAAUUUUGCCCACCGAUGCUGCAUUAUUUGAGGAUCCUUCUUUCAAGGUGUACGCAGCAAAAUAUGCAGAGGACCAGGAAGUCUUCUUUAAAGAUUACGCUGAAGCUCAUGCUAAACUGAGCAACCUUGGUGCAAAGUUUGAUCCUCCAGAGGGAUUCGCACUGGACGAUGACACGAGCGAUGAGCCAGCGGAGGAAAAAAAGGAAGAAGCUGCACCAACACCGGAACCGGAGCCAGAACCGGAACCGGAGCCAGAACCAGAACCGGAACCGGAACCGGAACCAGCAGCUGCAGCAGCACCGCCGCCGCCGCCACCGGCACCGGCACCGGCACCAGAACCAUUGCCAGAGCCAGCAGCAGCGCCGGCACCGGAACCAGUAGCAGCGGCGGUAGCAACAGCGACAGCGGACGAUAACAACGGCGCGGCGCCGCAGCCGAAACCCUUUUUCGCUGCGGAAUACUCCUACGCAAAGAGGGAGCUGUCGGACUCGAUGAAGCAGAAGAUCCGGGCGGAGUACGAGGGCUUCGGAGGCAGCCCGGACAAGCCCCUGCAGUCCAACUACUUCCUCAACAUCAUGAUCCUCAUCGCGGGGCUGGCGUUCCUGACGUCUCUGGUUGGCAACUGAGAACGUUGUGAUCCUGAUGAAGUUUACGAGUGUCCACAGCAAAUUCUGUGAACAUGUGGAACAUAGACACGGCGUGCUACCAUGUGACUAGCAUCAGAGCUACGUACACUGUUUAAACAGUUUUUUUUUUUGGCGAAUUUCGGAAGGAGAUGUAUAGCAAGUGUUCAAGAACCAGUAACAUGCAUAUAGCUUGGCCCA